AUGGCGCGCACCACGUUGACCCAACAACUCGCUGCUGCGAAUGCCGAGCUUGCUGCUCAAAAACUUGCCAUCGACGAGGCCGCUGCUGCUCUCCAAGAGAUGCGCAUCUCCCUGCAGACCUCAGCCGAGACCGCUGCCGCAGCGCAGGCUGCCGCCGCCGCCGCGGAGGCUACUGCCACAGCACAGGCAGUUGAACAUGCGGCAGCUCUUGCGGCCGCACAGGCAGCCGCUGUCACAGCACCCAGAAACAUCGGUGGUGCAGGUGUUGGCAACGAGCAGCCCGCCGAGCUGAUCCCCAAGCCGCCCUCGCAUGUCAAUGGGGUAGCCACCAACCUCCGCGCGGCUAUGGGGGUCGAAUGGCAGGACCUGGUGGACAUCCGGUAUGCCAUCCAGCGCAACGUUCAUUCAGCUGGUCUGAACUGGCAUGAGACCUGGCAUCACCAGGACAAGCAAAAGCUCGCCCUGUGCCUCCAAGUGUCGGCCAAGGACUUCCCUAUUCUCAACACUUACACCAAUGGUUGGGCGACGGCUUGGAUUGUCAAGGAAUACAUGAAGAAUAUGCGCCGCAACGCUCGCGUGAAGGGGUACAUUCCGCGCGGGCGCAAGCACAACCGCGGUGGUCGUGCUUACGAGGAAAACGCAGUGGACCGUGCAGCUCACCUUGCCGCUCUUCGUGCGCGCACCGUGAACGCGCGCUCGGGUCGUGCCCCGCUCCGCGCCGCGGGCAGGAUGCAGACCACUGCUGGCCCUUCUUCUGAGGGGGCCACUGCGGCUGCGUGA